AUGAUCGAUAAGAACCCCUGGCGCCAUGUCCUGAUUCUCAGUCCCUUUGGCGUGCGAGGUGAAUACGUGACAAUCCCCUCUACCUUGUCGCCCAACUACGCUAUUCGCGCCAAGGAUCUUACUGGCCAAUUGUGUGACUCGGGGUCUAACAACACCGUUGGUUGGGCUGACCUGGGUUCCCAUCACCUGUUCUACUGGUUUCAUCAGGCUCGAACUCAACACCUGAGCAAACCUCUCGUACUCUGGCUACAAGGAGGCCCCGGAAACUCUGGAUUCUUUGGGAACUUUCUCGAACAUGGCCCUUGCCGCCUUGAAGGAACCCCAGCUGAGGCCGUUCGCCAUGAGCACCCCUGGACAGAGCUCUUCAAUGUCAUAUACGUCGAUCAGCCCGUCAAUGUCGGCUUCUCGUAUUCCGAUGACAGCAGCGGUGUGAGCCGUGCAGAAGCUGCAGCUAUCGAGCUGGUCGAUUUCAUGCGUGUUUUCUACGAAGGAUACCAAGACAUGAGAGACGUGCCUCUGUUCAUCGCCGGAGAGUCAUACGGUGGACGUUAUGUGCCCAUGACAGCGGCAGCCUUGAUUGAAUUCAACAAGUUCCAGCCUCGACCAGGGGAUUCUAUUCCGCUCAAGGGCAUCGUGGUCGGUAACGGAUAUACUUCUCCGAAAGACGUCUAUCCUUCAGGCUACGAACUGGGCUGCUUUCCAUUCAAGGGCUUUCGGAAUUACUUCAAUUCUCCCGAAUGCGCUCGCUUCUCCACCACUCUACCAGAAUGCCUUGACCUCCUCCGAGCCUGUGAAGCUCUACCGGGCAGUGCCAUCUGUUAUCGGUCGGCCGAGUUCUGUGGGGGCGAGUUCGAACUCGAGAAGCUUCGCCCUCAGCACUCUUGGGACCGCCGUAAAUACUGUGAUCCACCCGAGAAGUGUAUAGAGACUUCCCGGGCAGUUACAGCCUGGAUGAAUACGCCAGAGACCUGGGAGCUGCUUGAGAUCGAAUCACAGACCAACAAGGUUCGGCCUGUUGGGGUGGCCAAUGGCACUGUCAGCGAGAAAUUUAUCCAAUCCGGCGACAUUGGGGAAUCGACGGUCACCGCUCUCGAGAGAAUUCUACAAUACGCCUCUGAGGAGAGGGCUCGCGGCUCCGGUCGAGAUAUUGACGUUCUGUACUACAAUGGCGUGACGGAUAUCCUGUGCACCUCUGUGGGAACCCGAAGGCUCAGCGUUAUAGCGUGCGGGUAG